AACAACAACAAAUGUCAGCAGGUUGGUUUCAAAACUGAAUGUUUUUAUCCUUUUUCUGCCGUAAUUUGUGCUGCUGUUUCUCGCAAUUUAAAUAAUCUCGCACAAAUACCGGCGGCAGGGUGCAAUAUCUGUGAUCCGUAAUUUAGCUCAUCCAUCCAUUAGUUCAGUGCUCGAACAAUCAUCAUGGGUGACGGAGCCAGUUCCGAUGAGGAGUUCCCGGACGAUUGGACCCUUUACGCGGACCGUCCGGAGUGGUCCGACCUGGAACCCCUGAAACAGGAUGAUGGCGACAAUCCGGUGGUCAUGAUCCAGUACAGUGAGAAGUUCAACGAUGUGUACGGAUAUCUGCGAGCGGUCAUUUCCAAACAGGAGAAGUCCGAGCGAGCCCUUGAGUUGACCAAGGAUGCCGCCCGGUUGAAUGCUGCGAACUACACGGUUUGGCAGUAUCGACGCGACAUUCUGAAGGCCUUGAACUGCAACCUUUACGAUGAGCUUGACUACAUUGAGGGGGUGAUCGAGGAUAAUCCUAAGAACUAUCAGGUUUGGCACCAUCGACGGGUGAUCGUGGAGUGGCUGAAUGACCCGUCCAAGGAGCUGGAACUGACGGAAAACAUUCUGAACAUGGACGCCAAGAAUUAUCACGCCUGGCAGCACCGGCAGUGGGCCAUUAAAACUUACAGCCUUUUCGACGACGAACUGCAGUACACGGACCGGCUGAUCUCGGAGGACAUGCGCAACAAUUCGGCCUGGAACGAACGUUACUUUGUGCUGAAGCACACCGGCUUCACGGCCGAGGUACUGGAGCGGGAAGUUAAAUACGUGAUGACCCGGGUUCGGCUGAUCAAGAAUAACGAGAGCCCCUGGAACUUUUUGCGCGGUCUGCUACAGCAUGGUGACGGACGGCUGGGUCAGUUCCAGGAGGUAACCGAUUUCUGCGAGAACCUGUACGACGGUGGAAUUCGGUCGCCGUACCUGUUGGCAUUUCUGGUCGACCUGUACUCGGAGAAGUACUUCGAGGCGUACAAAGCUGGCUGGGAUCCGGACGAGUACCGAGUCAAGGUGCAGGACCUUUGCGAAACGAUGGCCAACCAACACGACAAAAUCCGGUGCAAGUACUGGCGUUUCAUUGCGGAAGAGUUUAAGCGAAAGGUCGAGAAGACCACGGAUCAAAAUGGGCUUUAGAAUGGAAAUUCUUCGCUUGAAACUAAUCACUUAAAUACUGUGGACCCCUAUUUUUUUUAUAGAUAAUCAUUUAAUCACUAUACGUUUUACUAAACGUUUCGCAUAAGUUGAAAAUCAUAAAAUAUAAAUCCUUAAGCCUU